AGCGUCAUAAAUUCGUUUGUGGGUCUUUUCUUGAGUCAUGGUAUCAUCAUCGUCAAUCCCAUUUCCUUUCCUUUCAAACUCGCGCUCUCUAGGUUCCUGGGUUCCUCUUCUUCCUCAACCUGACCUAGUUAUUCAGUAGAAGAAGAAGAAGAGGGCAUGGAAAAUGAGGAGAAUCUUCCUGGUUUUAUUUUCAUGUGCAACAGGAUAACAAAGCCAGAGUGCUACCGGUUUCGAGUUUUUGGGCUACCUGCGGGGAGAAAGGAUGUUGUGGCGAACAUCAGACGUGGGACGUUCCUUUUUCUGUUUGACACUGAUGUGAAGCUUCUCUAUGGCAUAUAUAGGGCUGACUCGACCGGGAGACUAAACAUUGAGCCGUUCGCUUUCGGUCGCAAAUUUCCUGCUCAGGUGAAAUUCAACAUUUACAAAGACUGUUUCCCCUUGCCAGAGAAUCAUUUUAAACAUGCCAUUAUAGACAAUUACCAGAGAGGCUCGAACAAAUUUAAUCCUGAACUCAGCAGUGGACAAGUAAGGAAUCUACUAGAAUUGUUUCGCCCAUUACAUGUAUUGUCAACAGCACCUCCACGUCCUGUUUUGAACGAGAUAUACUCUCCCUCUACAUUGCCACUGCCACCAAUGAAUAAUGUUUUUCAUCAGACAUCAAGGUCGUCUUUUGAGGAUUCCUAUUUUUCUAGGAUGUCACCUAAUCAAGCUCCAAGACAGUUGAACUACAGACAUGUAAAUGAGCUCGCAGAGCCUACUGGUUGGGCCUAUCCAGUCAACAAAUUGAUUCCAAAUUCAGCUGCUGAACAUUCUGUGAUAUCCCAAGCGCCAAGGAAUCAGCUUCAUGCAGAAGCAGUAUACGCAGUUACUCCAGAGGGAACUUAUGCAGCUAGGACGGCCACCAGUUAUACACUAUCCCAUCCUCAAUAUACGCAGCAGGGUAUCCUUAAGCCGCAACCUGAAUUUCACACUCAGUCUUUGCAUGAUUCUCAACACGCUCAUCUUAAUGUCUUACAUCCACAACAUGAUCUUCAUCCCUCCAUGAUGACUAUGCAUAGUGGUUAUGUUCAAUCAAUGCCAGAUUCUCACCAUCAACAUCAUAAUAUCCUUAACCAACCAGCUGAUUAUCAUUCUGCAGUGGCGAAUACAGGCAGCAGUCAUGCCCAAACGGUUAUGCAUAGCGGUUAUGUUCAAUCAAUGCCAGAUCCUCACCAUCAACAUCAUAAUAUCCUUAACCAACCAUCUGAUUAUCCCUCUGCAGUGGCAAAUACAGGCAGCAGUCAUGCCCAAACGGUUACGCAUAGCAGUUAUGUUCAAUCAAUGCCAGAUCCUCACCAUCAAUAUCAUAAUAUCCUUAACCAACCAGCUGAUUAUCAUUCUUCAGUGGCAAAUACAGGCAGCAGUCAUGCCCAAACGGUUAUGCAUAGCGGUUAUGUUCAAUCAAUGCCAGAUCCUCACCAUCAACAUCAUAAUAUCCUUAACCAACCAGCUGAUUAUCAUUCUGCAGUGGCAAAUACAGGCAGCAGUCAUGCCCAAACGGUUAUGCAUAGCGGUUAUGUUCAAUCAAUGCCAGAUCCUCACCAUCAACAUCAGAAUAUCCUUAACCAACCAGCUGCAGUGGUGAAUACAGGAAGCAGCCAUGCCCAAACGGUUUGGGAUCCUCACUAUAACCACCACUAUAUCCUAAACCAACAACCCGACUCUUACUCCUCCAUGGCUAAUAGGGGCAGCAAUUAUGCUCAAUCAUUACCAUAUCCUCAACACACACAUCAGGAAGCCCAAAAAGCCAAUGUUGUGAUGCAGUCGCAUGCUCAGUCAUCAUCAUACUCUCCAACUCCACACUUACCCCAAGAAGUUGUCCCCGCCACACGUUCAGAUCAAGGGUCAGGAGCCAUACAAGAGGUGAUAUCCAGUGGUCAACAAACUGGAAUGGGAAGUGGGUAUUAUCCGUCAUCUACGCAGACAGAGGCGAAUGUUUCUACUCAAGAGAAUGUUGUCAGCCACCUGCAUUCAGCAAAUACAUAUUCUCUGAGCUGAUCCAUGUCCAAGUAUUGAGGGGCAUAUUGGUCUGGCAAGUUGGCAUGUUCUAUUUGCUGCCAUAUGCACAGAGGCCUCAUGAACACACUGUUUAGUUACUAUGUGAAGGUAGGGAGUUGGGUUUUUCAAUUAAGUAGAAAUUUGACAUUAGUGGGGUGGGGAUAGUGGCCUUCCUUUUCUAUUGCUUCUCUCGCUUCCUAUGGAGUCAAAAAGGCUGUAAAUCAGGCUACUUUUGACUGCCAUAUGAAUACACACCCAAGGGAAAGAGCUUCCAAUCUGGUGUACAAAGAUUGACUGCUGCCAUUUACUGGUAUUGAUCCACUAGGACCUUUUGUAGCAUGUUUAUCAACUUCUUUUUUCUUAGAAUCAAUUUUGUCACCCAGAA